AUGUCUGACGAUAAUGUGGAAGAACCUAAUCUAGAAAAUGCUGAGGAAGGCGACCAGGUUGUCACCUUUACAUUGAAUGAUGUUUUGGAAUUCGAAAACGAACUGAUUGAGAAUACGGCUGCUGUUCUUGGUGCUGCUAAUGAUAAGAAUUGCUCAUAUGUCGAGGGAUACCUGAAACGGCAAGCUUUGUAUUCUUGCCUGACUUGCAUACCUGAGGCAAAAGAUGACCCUGAAAAGGCUGCUGGAGUUUGUCUAGCAUGCAGCUACCAUUGCCAUGAUGGUCAUGACUUGGUGGAGUUAUAUACCAAGAGAAACUUCCGCUGUGAUUGUGGAAAUGGCAAAUUUCCAAAUACUGAAUGUAACCUGCUCCAAGAGAAGAGUGCAGUCAAUGAUCUGAAUUCCUACAACCAGAAUUUCUCUGGCAUGUAUUGUGUUUGCCACAGGCCUUUUCCAGAUGCUGAAGAUCCAGUUCCAGAUGAGAUGAUUCAGUGCAUCAUUUGUGAGGACUGGUAUCACACUAGACAUUUGGGCACUGAAGUACCCUCAAAUAAUUUUGCUGAAAUGAUCUGUGAAGCUUGUGUGACUAAACAUGAGUUUCUGCUUCAUUAUGAUGCUCAUUGUCUGAAUAGGGUUGUCAGGACCAAUGAAGAGAAUGAUGUGAAUGUAACAGGUACUCCUAAUUCCAUUUCAUCAGAAGCAGAAAAUGUUGACAGUUACUGCAAAAAACCCUCAUACAAGUCACCAAAGAUUAGUGCCAAGUUCUGGACAGAGGUGAGCUGGCGCAAAGAGUUAUGCACCUGCGACGACUGCCUCAAGAUGUACGAGAACGAGGAUGUAGCCUUUUUAUUAGACUCCGAAGACCCCGUGCACCUGUACGCCGAGAAGGGCAAAGCCAAGGUGCAAGAGGUGGUGGAGACCCACAACAGGGAGUUCAUGCAGUCCAUGAACCGAGUGCAGCUGGUGGACUGCAUCGCAGGCUACAAUGACUUGAAGGAACGCCUGGGCGAGUACUUGAAGAAGUUCGCUGAGAACAAGAAGAUUGUUAGGGAGGAGGAUAUCAAGGAGUUUUUCGAGGGGAUGGAGGCUAGGAAGAAGCAGAGGGUGGAAGUGCCGAAUUUCUGCCGCUGA